UUCCACACUCCACUUGUGCGCACGCACUCCUCCGGGUCUUGGCUUGGUCGUCGUCAUCCGCAUCUCUAUUCUCUCCACCCCGCCGCCUCACAUCCUCCCCGGCUCCUCCUCCUCCUCGCCGGGCCGGCGGCCGCACGGCGCUCAGGCGAGGCAGGAGCUACUGUACCUAGCUACAACUCAUCCGCGCCCGAGCGCCACCCUCGCCACCUUAGAAGUGUCCAGGCAGACGCAUCAAACAUCGCAGCAGCCUCUGCAGCACUAUUGCUCUGCAGGGCCUUAUUCAGCUUCUGCGCCGCAACGAAGAAUGGAUAGGCUCGAUGGCUCUGCGCGCCUUAUGAUCGUUUCGGAUCUUGACCAGACGAUGGUUGAUCACAGUGAUCCGGAGAGCUCGGCCAUGCUCCGUUUCGAGGCGCUCUGGGAGUCUGAGUACUCCCAGGAUUCUCUGCUGGUGUUCUCGACUGGAAGAACGCCGGUCAGUUACAAGGGUCUGAGGAAAAUAAAGCCUUUGCUCACACCGGACAUCACCAUCAUGUCUGUGGGCACUGUGAUAGCAUAUGGCCAGGAGAUGACUCCUGAUGUUGGCUGGGAGGAAUUUCUGAAUAACAAGUGGGAUAGGGAUAUUGUUGUUCAGGAGACAGCUACGUUCCCUCAGCUAAAGCCCCAGCCAGAGAGGAAUCAGGGUCCUCAUAAGGUCAGCUUUUUCGUCGACAAGCAGGAUGCUCAGGAAGUGAUUAAUUCCCUCCCUCAGAAAUUGGAGCAGCUUGGGUUAGAUGUGAAGAUAAUCUAUAGUAGCGGAGAGGCACUGGAUGUAUUGCCACAAGGUGCGGGGAAAGGGCAAGCUCUUAUAUAUUUACUCGAGAAGUUCAAUUUGUGUGGAAAACCACCGAACAAUGUUCUUGUGUGUGGUGACUCUGGCAAUGAUGCAGAUUUAUUCAGUGUUCCAUCUGCCUAUGGUGUCAUGGUUAGCAAUGCCCAAGAGGAGCUUCUUGAGUGGUAUGAAGAGAACGGAAAAGAUAAUCUUAAGUUGCUUUAUGCAACUGAGAGAUGCGCUUCCGGUAUCAUGCAAGCUAUCGGGCACUUCAAACUAGGGCCUAGUUUUUCUGCAAGAGAUCUUGAAUUCCCAUAUCCGAAGGUAGACACCGUCAAGCCUGCAGAUGUAGUGGUGAAGUUCUAUGUUCUUUACGAGAAAUGGCGGAGGGGUGACGUUCAGAAGUCUCCAUCAGUUAUACAAUACUUGAAAAGCAUUACUCACCAGAAUGGCACACUGAUACAUCCUUGUGGAAUGGAGCGGUCACUUCAUGCGUCCGUUGAUGCACUGAGUUCAUGCUAUGGUGACAAACAAGGCCAAAAGUUCCGAGCGUGGGUGGACCGACUUGUUACAUCGCCGAUCGGUACAAGUAACUGGUUGGUGAGGUUUGACAACUGGGAAAUGGAAGGUGAUGUGCAAUAUUGCUGCCGGACAACGCUUCUGCUGAAUACAAAGUCUGGGAAUCCAGAGGGCUUGGAACUGACACACAUCCACAAGACCUGGCUUGAAGGAUACUUAGCUGGGAAUGCUCAUACCUUCAUCUUAUAGAUCAUUUAACCACUCUCAAUAUAUGCACGGACCCUCUGAAAGUCGGGAUAGAAUAACAAAGUUACUGUUUCUUGUGUAAAUGGAUCUCUCGGCUGAUUCAAACUACUGUACUGUUCUGAUGCUCCCAGGAGUUGAUCUUCAUGUUGAUCUCAUGCACUAAUAAGAAUUGUUCAAUGAUUCUAUCUCAUGAACUUAAUGAGAUCCAUAAAUUAAGUGAAAGUUCUUACUGCA